UAUUUUCCCAAAAUUAAACAAACUCUCAUCUUUAAAAGCCCACUGGCAAAGUCUUUCAUUCCAAGCAAAGAACAGUUAAACAAAACAAAACAAAACACCUUAAAACCCAGACAAAUAAAUUCAACAUGAACAUGAAGAAGGUGACUUGUGCUGUUCUUUUUGUUGCUGCCUCAAUGAGUGCAGCAAUGGCUGCCGUAGAGGUUCCCGCCGCUGCCCCUGCACCUGGCCCAAGCAGUGAUGCCUCAGCUUCUAUUCCCAUUGUUGGAUCCUUGGUUGGUGCCACUCUUGUGUCUUUCUUUGCUUUGUUCCACUAAGCUAUGUACAAAUAUGUCACAUGGCUAAAGGGAGAGUUAUAUGAAGAAUGAUGUAACUCAAGGAAAAAUAUCUAUUAUAAGUAUUAUAUAAUGAUGAUGCAAAUUGAUUAGUUAUGUAUAAUUGUGGUUUCUCUAUUCAAUAAAAUAUCAAUUUGUUUC